GGUCUGUGUUUCUGUUAUUGUAGUGCUCGGUUAACAGCUGGUAGUGUGUCUGUCGAGGGUAAUUAAGGGAGAAGCGUUGCUGUGUUCGUUUGGUGGUUUUUUGUAGAUCAAGAAAAAGGACACGUUUAAACCGCUGCUGAAAAAGAAGCGGCGUCGAAAUCCAACUACCCUGUUUGAUUGACAUGGAGGGGUCGCAGGUCAGCGUGUGGGCUCAGGCCCCGCCCCUCUCAGGGGUCGUGUUCCACAACGUGGCACGGAGCUACAUCCCGGACACACGGGUAGAGUGUCACUACACACUGACCGCGCGGCACCGCUGGGCAGCCAGGGACUGGAUCGGGAUCUUCAAGGUGGGCUGGUCGUCAGUUCGAGAUUAUCACACCUUUGUCUGGUCACUCGCUCCGGACAACUAUGAGGAGGGUCAGGCAGCCAACUGCUCUGUGCAGUUCCAAGCUUCCUACCUUCCCAAGGCCAGCGCGGACCCCUUCCAGUUCUGCUAUGUGAGCAGCGGGGGGGAGGUGAGCGCGCGCAGCCCCCCCUUCACCUUCCGCACGCCCACCCCCCUCGAGGAGCUUGUCGCGGUGGAGGGGGGGGAGUGGGAGAACGGGGACGACAUGCUGGUCGUCAUCCCCAGAGCGGAGAUGCUGCAGAGCCGCCUGGAGGCGUGUCUACAGGAGAGGGCGGGGCUCCUGGCAGAGAGGGAGGAGUCUGAGAGACAGAAGGAUGCGCUGACGGAGCGAGUGAGAGAGCGGGAAAGAGGAGUGGAGAGAGCUGAGGAGGAGAAGAGGCGACUACAGCAGCAGUAUGAGGAAGUGAUGCGUGAGAAGGAGGAGGUGACCUCGGAACGGGACGCUCUGAUUUGCCAGCGAGCCGAGAACCAGGAGCGAAUCAUCGAGCUGGAGGAGGACAUGAAAAUCAUCAACAGGAAGGUGCUGGAGAGAGAGACUGAGCUGGACAGGAUGAAGGACCGAGUGAAGAAGCUCUCCUUUCAACACGAGCAGCUCAGCAAGCAGCUCCGAGAGGAGGAGGAGGAGAAGGAGAGACUGCAGUUGAAGCUUCGCUCCUCUGAGCUGGAGCUGCGCCGCCUGGCUGCUGAUUUCCAGACUCUGCGGAGCUCCUUGGCAGAGAGAGACACGCAGGCACUGCAGCUGAGAGACGAGAUCAGCAAGCUGCAAAGCAAGCUGAGCACCGCCCUCGAGAACAAGGAGUACACUGUGCUGUUGCGUGAACAGCUGCGUUGCUCUCAGGACCAGCUCUCUGCCAGUCAGCAGAAGGCUGAGCUGCUGGGGGCGGAGCUGGGGAGCGCCGCGGCGAUGCGGGACCGCACCAUGUCCGAGCUGCACAAGGCCCGCCUCGAGGGGGCGGAGCUGAACAUCCAGCUGGCCCAGGGCACCCUGGCCUGGAAGGAGGACCGAGCGCAGUGGCUGAAGGAGAGAAUCGCCCUCCUGCAGAGCUCCGAGAUGCAGAAGGAGAAGCUGGUGCGUCUGGAGGGGGAGGUCCUUACUCUGGAGGAGGGGCUGCAGGAGGAGAGGAUGCAGAGGGAGAAGCUGGAGGUGGAGCUGGGGAGGGAGAGAGACUGCAACCGGGUUCAGCUGGGAGAGACGGUCAGAGAGCUGAAGGAGCUGAAGUCCACUCUGCGCAUCUCGCAGAAAGAGAAGGAGCAGCUGCUGGCUGAGAAACAGGAGCUGCUGCAGUACAUGCAGAAGCUGGAGCAGAGACUGGACAGCGUGGCCAACUCCAAGUGGAAAGAUGCUGUCUCUGAGACUCCCAGCCGCCCCGACUCCCCCCUCUUGAACUCGGAGGACGAGUCCCCCGAAGACAUGCGCCCCCCCCGCGAGCGCAGCGCGUACAGCCUGUGUGACAACACCGCCGUCGCCACGGAGACCCCCGGCUUCCAGACCCCGCCCCCCUCGCCGCGGCAACCGGCCAGGGGGGGCGUGGUCAUCAGCCAGCCCGCCCCCAUCGCCUCACACCUCCCUGUGGGCGGGACGGAGACAGACAGCUCCGACUCGGAGGAUGAUGAAGAUGAGCAGGAGGAGCCGUCAGCACUGAGUGUGACGAGCUCCGGAGACGAGACCUCCCCGCUGCUGCCAGAGCUGGAACACGCACUGCAACACACUGCACCCUGCCCUGCCAGGCAGUCCAGUUCAGCGCAGUGGAAGGAGUGUCCGAUCUGCAGUGAGAGGUUUCCCCUCGAGUUCCACAAGGAGGCGCUGCAGCAGCACGUGGACAGCCACUUCUACUACAGCUUACCCCACGAGCCCUUCACCUUCCAGUGACCUGACCCCCUGUACCCCUCCCGAGCCCUACCAGCCCUGAUCGCCCCCCCCCCCCCCCCCCCGCCCCCCCGUACCCCUGGUGUGGAAGACAGUGAGUUUGAGUGUCUCAGUGUGCAGAGCUGUCUGUUCAUCUGUCUCUUGCUAUUUAAAGCCAGACUGACGGAUAUUGCUGCACCAGGAAGGGAACUUUGAAAAUGUAUUCUGGGAUGUUACGGUUACUAUAGAAACCAAAAAAGUAUUUUGGUUGGUUUGUCUUGGUUAUGAAUAGGGGAAAUGUAUUCAACUCGUAACAGAAACAACUCAUCAUUCUACUAUGAUACAUUUUUAACCUAUUAUUAUUAUUAUUAUUAUUAUUAUUAUAUUGGAACCUAUACAUGACGUUUUUACUGUGGGUGGUUUUAAUAAAUGGAGAGAACUAAGGGGGUUUGUUAGCUGGCAUUUUUUAAAUGAAGCAAUAUAAAUAUAGAUGCAGAAAUUUGUAAUGUAGUGAUUCAGACUUGAUGUUUGUGUCUCCACUGUUAAAGACUGCAACUUAAACUUACAAAAACUGUAACAACCAACUUCUGGCAAACUAAAGUGGAUUCAAACAACAUUAUUAUUAUUAUUAUUAUUAUUAUUAUUAUUAUUAUUAUUAUUAUUAUUAAUCGGUUCCUCACGAUUCCCUUUUUAAAAUCACUUUCCAGUUCCUUCGAUGGAAUUCAUCAUUUAGAGACGUCAUAAUAAUCUCUGCGUCGUUCAGCCGCUUUCAUUUCAAGCAGUUCUGAUCAGCGGCGUGUUUGGAAUGGAUUAAAAGGGAAUGGAAUUGGAAUUUGGAAUUGAUUUUCAAAAGGAAUUGGAAUUGGAACCCUGACUGCUACUUGCCUCGCUCCCUGCGUUGCUUUAAGAGUUUGGUUUUACAGUAGAAGGUGCGUGUGUGCGUGCGUGCGUGCGUGCGUGUGUGUUUCUUGUUUGUUUUUGGAAGUGAUUGAUGGGGCUGGACUGUCUCCUCUAGUUUACAAGAGUAUUCUUCAUCCUGCAAUAACUGACAAGGCGAGCAGUCGCUUCGCAGUCUGCGUUCACUGAAAUGUUUGUAUCUUUUUAAGGUCGUUUUGUUGAUGUAUUAUCUCGAGUUGGAGCUUCUCAGAGUACUUUUUAUAUAAACUUAAUUACACGGACGUCUUUCAUUUCAGACUUGUCAACAGAAAAUGAUCUUAUUACAGUUAUGUUAAAUAUUAGUAGUUGUAGUAUUGUUGUUACUAUUCUUGUCUUUUUGUUUUGUUUACUUUUACAAUUUCAAGAAAAAAAAAUGUUUAUUUUCUAUUUUUUUUUUUUUUUUUUUUUUUUUACUCAAAGUCGCCCCCUCGUGGAAAGUCGGUUUUGAGAACUAAAAAAAAAAGUAACGUUCCAAAACUGCCUCUCCUGGUCGGGCUGGCUUCGAUUCUCAUAUUGUCUGUUUUUGGUUUAUUUAGUUCAAUAAAAUCUUUACAAAUAUAUAUAAAACCCUU